AGUAAGAGGAUGUUCGCGAUCAAAGCGAUCGGUAGCGGUAACGUGGUAACCGUAAUCAGGUAACCGUAGCAGAAGGGGCUUAACACGUGUUGUCCCGAGAUGCUGUUACACGGCCAGUCAGUCGGUCAUCGUCUUCCAUUGGUGUUCACUUUUGAAAUAUUCUCCGAGUGAGUGCCGCGCGCGAAUGAUUCCCAAUGUUCAACACGAUUUUCGGAUGUUUCACCGUUUAUUCCACGCUAAUGCUCUUACUCGCGAGUGUUGUACCGACCAUGGACGCACAGUGGAGCGUUUCGUCGUGGUUGUCUUUCGGUAUUUAUACUUUGAUCGCGUUUCCACGGAGCACGCACCAAUGGUCGUUUCUGGGCUUGAACUUUUGGCAGAAUCAGACCGUGGAGAAACCUUCGAACGAAUUCAAUUUGAUCGGAAAUCCAAUCUCGAAGGUUCUCGACUUCUUCCCCACCCCGGUGCAAGAGGAAUGCCUAUCACAAGACAAACGGCGGCAGGGCGUAUGCAUGAACACGUAUGAGUGUCGCAUUCAACGGGGGAAGUCCCUUGGACGAUGUGCACUUGGUUUCGGCGUGUGCUGCAUAUUCACGGCAAGUUGCGAGCAAGAGGUGCAGAAUAAUCUGACCUACGUGAUCAGCCCUGGUUUCCCCAACCUCAUUGACUGGCCCAUGAACUGUUCAGUGGUCGUGCGGAAGAUCGAUAGGCAGGUCAGCCAGCUAAGGAUCGAUUUCGUCCACUUCAACAUAGGUCAACCCAAUUCAAGGACUGGCGUAUGUGACGAAGAUAUUAUGGAAAUUAGGAAUGGCAGAAGCAUAUUUCACAUGUGCGGAUGGAACAGUGGCCAGCAUCUAUACAUCGACAUGGACGAGGACGAUCAGCCGUUGACGCUGCACUUCCGAUUGCCCGAUGGCCUCCAGUCCAGAAUGUGGGAAAUGAGAAUCGUCCAAUUGGACUUCGAGCAGCGCGCCCCUACCGGCUGCCUCCAGUACUUCGAAGGCAACAAUGGCACCUUAAAAUCCCUAAACUUUCUCUCGAACGGAAGAUUUCUGGCCAACCAGGAUUACUUACUCUGCAUUCGUCAAGAAAGAGGGAUGUGCGGAAUCUCUUACUCGCCCUGUUCACCCGACUCGUUCAGAAUAGGCCCGUCCAGGAUGCAAUCGACGAAUCGCACGAACGCGAACGUGUCCGUCGCCGAUCAGAGUCAUGCAGUCAUGAAUUUCACCGAAAAAAGGAAUAGCACCGACAUGGGGUCUACGAACGCCACCGAUAACGAGGGAUCUGGAUCGAACUCCAUGGACGAUUUUCUCACCUCCAUGAACAUGAGCAAUCCAAUGGAGCAAGAAGCCGAUUCGUCGGGGGGAAGCAGCGUUUAUGGGCAAGAACGAUGCCGUGACAGGGUGCUCAUUCCCUGUGACUUCGAGGAAUUUAUCACGCCUGGCAACAACGAGGCGGGUAUUUGCAACCUUGAACAUUGCGGCAAUUCACUGUGCGAUCGAAACCAGGUGGACGAAGAAGGCAACUGUCGCGUGGAGACUUGGGCAACGCCCUUUCGCAUCAGGGUGGCCUUUGGCCCUGGAGAGGAUACCGGAACCACCCUCGAGGACAAUAUUGGAAUGUGUCUCGUGUACGAGCAAUUAUCCUGCAUGGCUUGAAGGUAUGCCCUUCCAAGUGUGAUAAAUAAAUGCGAGGAUGAAACGCUUCACGUUUCACCAAUUAUCCAAAGAUCAAUCGCGAUACAAUAUUCGAGGAGGACGAUAUAUUUUCGUAUUUGCUAUGCUGAUAUAUGAAUGAUAAGUAAUUUUAAAAUAUAAUUUAAAAAUUUAAACUUUUAUAGACUGUUUAUUGUUAUGAGAUGAAUUUAGAUGUAGAAAUA